AUGCCACAAGGUCAUCGAAUUAGUGGCGGAAAUACCAAACCGAUUAACGGUAAAGACAUUGUUCACCCGCUUGCUUGUGAAGGAUCCGAAUGGAUGGGUGCCCUUCUGACAAUGGUUGAUUCACUCGAUACAUUGUGGAUAAUGAAACUGGACGCGGAAUUUGAUGAGGCUCGGAAGUGGAUUUCCAGCUACCUGGAGUUUAACUCGACCGACCCGCACAUUAACGUGUUUGAGACAACAAUCCGACUCUUAGGUGGCCUACUGUCGGCCUAUACGCUUUCGAAAGAUAGAAUGUUUCUAGGGAAGGCGACAAUUCUUGGCGAUAUACUGCUCGGCGCAUUUGAUGGGAUGUCGGCGUUCCCAUCGAUGGAUAUAAACUUCUCUACAGGAAAGGGAAAUCCGAACAGUUUUGAAGAAUUAUGCCUUGCAGAAGUUGCAACUAUCCAACUGGAGUUUAACGAGCUUUCUCGGUUGACAAAAAAUCCUAUUUAUGCACAUACGGCUGCGCAAGUAUACAAACGCUUGCAUGAAUUACCAAAAAUGAAUGGUUUGCUUCCCAUCGGUAUUGAUCGCGAAACUGGGAACUCGGUGUCGUCCCGGAUUACAAUAGGCGCACGUGGUGACAGCUAUUAUGAAUACCUCCUUAAAGUGUGGGUUCAGACAGGUAAAGUACUGGACUAUCUACGGACGGACUACAUAGAGGCAAUUGAGGGGAUCAAAUCCAGGCUGAUACAAUAUUCCAAACCAAACCGUCUUCUUUUUAUUGGAGAAAUUGACGCCGACGGAACCUUUUUGCCUAGAAUGGACCAUUUAGUUUGUUUUCUUCCGGGCACUUUGGCGUACGGAAUACUCCACAACAUGACUCGGGCACAUCUGGAACUCGCCGAAAGUUUGAUGCGCACGUGUUACGAGAUGUACAGUCAAACCGCGACUCUCCUAAGUCCAGAGAAUAUUUUGUUCGACGUAAGCAACAAAUCCACGAAAGAUUUCUGGCCAGCAUCUACCGAAAAUAUUCUUCGACCGGAAACAAUGGAGUCCCUAUAUUAUCUCUACACAAUCACCAAGAACCCUAAGUACCAGCUGUGGGGCCGAACUAUAUUGGAUGCUUUCGAGAGGUACUCCAAGUGGCACGCUGGAGGUUAUACUGGUAAAGUUGAUGUAUCUACACCUGACUCAGAACGUAUUGACAAGAUGGAAUCAUUUUGGUUGGCUGAAACGCUUAAAUACGCCUACCUGUUGUUUGACGAGGACGCUUCAUCUCGAUUUCCACUGAACAAAUGGGUAUUUAACACUGAGGCCCAUCCUCUACCGGUUGUCUCCGAUCCCAAGUCUCUCCUAUCUGCUGUCUACGCUCAGCUAGGAGACGUUUAGGUAAAAACUGAAACACGUGGUUUUCUUCCUCUCUCUUUUGAAUACCCUUUAGAUUUUUUAUCUUCCUCUGUCUUGAAGGGGUUCCACCAGACGGCUGAUAUUUUGCGCGUCCUCGUGCAAACGUUAUAAACUGCUCUUGCGUAAACCGAAAUCUACAGUGCUUAGCAAUGAAUGACACUCUACUUAAAAAUAUUUUCCUUUUGUUGUGGAAUCUUUGACCGUAGUGAUAAAUGAGCUUCAGUCAUUGGAUUUAUGAAUGGCUUACUUAAAUUUUUUAUUUUUAGCCCUAAUGCCUUGCUAUUUCCUUUCAGUUUCUUAACACUCUCAGCAAAUGCUUUCAGGUUAACCGAUAUUUUUGAAAGAUGUGCCCCAUUUCUGUGAAAAUAGUUAUACGUAUUUUUGAGAGGCAUUUUGUAACCUGCACCCUGCGCUUUCACAUGCAUGGCACUGAGAAACAAGCAAUAUUCCUUGAUUCUGUUCUGAAGAGGAUAGGACAACCUGUUAGGAUAUCCACUACUCUGUCGCACCGCGUCACUGUGCUUUCAACUGUGCGUUGAAUCAGCAAAUGUGGGUACAAACAGUCAG